CCCGGGUCCGGCCGUGCCCCGCGUCGCGCUCCCCCGGGAUGGCCCGCGCGCCUCGGCGCAGCGUCUCGGAGCUCUCGGCGGAGCGGCGGCGGCCGCGCUCGGGGGGCGCGCGGCUGCGGCUGCGGCGGCGGCGGCGCGGCGCUUGAAGGGGCCGCGUCGGGCGGAGCAGGGCGCCGCCAACAUGUCGGAUACGAAGGUAAAAGUUGCCGUCCGGGUCCGGCCCAUGAACCGAAGAGAGCUGGAGCUGAACACCAAGUGCGUGGUGGAGAUGGAAGGGAACCAGACGGUCCUGCACCCUCCUCCUUCCAACACCAAGCAGGGAGAAAGAAAACCUCCCAAGGUGUUUGCCUUUGAUUAUUGCUUUUGGUCCAUGGAUGAGUCAAACACAACAAAAUACGCUGGUCAAGAAGUCGUUUUCAAGUGCCUCGGGGAAGGAAUUCUUGAGAAAGCCUUUCAGGGAUACAAUGCUUGUAUUUUUGCAUAUGGCCAGACAGGCUCCGGAAAGUCCUUCUCCAUGAUGGGCCAUGCUGAGCAGCUGGGCCUUAUCCCAAGGCUCUGCUGUGCUCUGUUUAAAAGGAUCUCCCUGGAGCAAAGUGAGUCACAGACCUUUAAAGUCGAAGUAUCAUAUAUGGAAAUUUAUAAUGAGAAGGUCCGGGACCUCUUGGACCCCAAAGGGAGCAGGCAGUCUCUUAAAGUCCGAGAACACAAGGUCCUGGGGCCAUAUGUAGAUGGUCUGUCACAGCUGGCUGUCACCAGCUUUGAGGACAUCGAGUCAUUGAUGUCUGAGGGAAAUAAGUCUCGGACGGUCGCUGCAACCAACAUGAAUGAAGAGAGCAGCCGCUCCCACGCUGUGUUCAACAUCAUCAUCACACAGACGCUGUAUGACCUGCAGUCUGGGAACUCGGGGGAGAAAGUGAGCAAGGUGAGCCUGGUAGACCUGGCGGGGAGCGAGAGAGUGUCGAAGACAGGUGCCGCAGGCGAGCGGCUGAAAGAAGGCAGCAACAUUAACAAAUCACUUACAACGCUGGGCUUGGUUAUAUCGUCACUCGCUGACCAGGCUGCUGGCAAAGGCAAAAACAAAUUCGUGCCUUACCGAGAUUCAGUCCUCACUUGGCUUCUUAAGGACAAUUUAGGAGGGAACAGCCAGACCUCCAUGAUAGCCACGAUCAGUCCAGCCGCGGACAACUACGAGGAGACACUGUCCACACUAAGAUAUGCAGAUCGAGCCAAGAGGAUCGUGAACCAUGCUGUAGUGAACGAGGACCCCAAUGCCAAAGUCAUCCGAGAGCUGCGUGAGGAAGUGGAGAAACUGAAGGAGCAGCUCUCGCAGGCUGAGGCCAUGAAGGCCCCUGAGCUGAAGGAGAAGCUUGAAGAGUCUGAAAAACUGAUAAAGGAGCUAACAGUGACAUGGGAAGAGAAGCUGAGGAAGACGGAAGAGAUCGCACAGGAGAGACAGCGGCAGCUGGAGAGCAUGGGGAUCUCCCUGGAGACCUCCGGGAUCAAGGUGGGGGAUGACAAGUGCUACCUCGUCAACCUGAACGCAGACCCUGCCCUCAACGAGCUUCUGGUUUACUAUUUAAAGGAUCACACCCGGGUGGGUGCAGAUACCUCUCAGGACAUCCAGCUCUUUGGAAUAGGGAUUCAGCCCGAGCACUGUGAGAUCGACAUUGCCACAGAUGGAGACAUCACUCUCACGCCAAAAGAAAACGCGAAAUCCUGUGUAAAUGGCACCCUUGUCUGCAGCACUACCCAGCUAUGGCAUGGUGACAGAAUCUUAUGGGGAAACAACCACUUUUUUAGAAUUAAUUUACCUAAGAGGAAACGGCGGGAUUGGCUGAAAGACUUUGAAAAGGAAGCAGGUCCCGCAGAGCCUGACCUGGAUGCUGCAAGCGAGUCUUCCUCAGAACCAGACUACAACUAUGAGUUUGCGCAGAUGGAAGUCAUUAUGAAAACCCUGAACAGCAAUGAUCCAGUUCAAAAUGUGGUUCAGGUCCUGGAGAAGCAAUACCUGGAAGAGAAGAGGACCGCCCUGGAGGAGCAGCGGCUCAUGUAUGAGCGUGAACUGGAGCAGCUUCGCCAACAGCUCUCCCCAGAGAGGCAGCCGCCGAGCAGCGCCUCCGACCGCCUGGCUUACAGCAGCCAGACAGCCCAGCAGAAGGUGACCCAGUGGGCUGAGGAGAGGGAUGAACUCUUCAGGCAAAGCCUGGCCAAGCUUCGAGAGCAGCUAGUGAAAGCAAACACUCUGGUGAGGGAAGCCAACUUCCUAGCUGAAGAGAUGAACAAGCUCACUGACUACCAAGUCACUCUUCAGAUCCCUGCGGCCAACCUCAGUGCCAACAGGAAGAGAGGGGCAAUAGUGAGCGAGCCAGCCAUUCAAGCCAGGAGAAAAGGAAAGAGCACCCAGGUUUGGACCAUCGAGAAGCUGGAGAAUAAAUUAAUUGAUAUGAGAGACCUUUACCAAGAAUGGAAAGAAAAUGUCCCUGAGGCCAAGAGGCUCUAUGGGAAGCGAGGCGACCCUUUCUACGAAGCUCAGGAGAAUCACAACCUCAUCGGUGUGGCUAAUGUGUUUUUGGAAUGUCUCUUCUAUGAUGUGAAACUUCAAUAUGCAGUACCCAUCAUCAGCCAGCAGGGGGAGGUGGCCGGGCGUCUCCACGUGGAGGUCAUGCGUGUUACUGGGUCCGUCCCAGAGCGAGUGUCGGAGGAUGACUCUUCGGAGAACUCUAGUGAAAGCGGAAGUCUUGAGGUCGUGGACAGCAGCGGAGAAGUCAUUCACCGAGUCAAGAAGCUGACGUGCCGGGUGAUAAUUAAAGAGGCAACUGGGCUACCUUUAAGCCUCUCGAAUUUCGUCUUCUGUCAGUAUACAUUCUGGGACCAGUGUGAGUCUACAGUGGCUGCCCCGGUGGUGGACCCGGAUGUGCCUUCCCCACAGUCCAAGGAUGCCCAGUACACGGUGACCUUCUCUCACUGUAAGGACUACGUGGUGACUGUCACAGAGGAGUUCCUAGAGUUCAUUUCCGAUGGCGCCCUGGCAAUUGAAGUGUGGGGCCACAGGUGUGCUGGGAAUGGAAGCUCAAUCUGGGAGGUCGAUUCACUCCAUGCGAAGACAAGAACAUUGCGUGACAGGUGGAACGAAGUAACUCGAAGAAUAGAAAUGUGGAUCUCCAUAUUGGAACUGAAUGAGCUAGGGGAAUAUGCUGCCGUGGAGCUUCACCAGGCGAAAGACGUCAAUACCGGAGGCGUCUUUCAACUCAGACAGGGUCACUCCCGCAGAGUGCAGGUCACAGUAAAACCUGUACAGCACUCAGGGACACUGCCACUCAUGGUUGAAGCCAUCCUGUCAGUAUCGAUCGGCUGUGUGACUGCACGGUCCACCAAGCUGCAAAGGGGGCUGGACAGUUACCAGAGAGAUGAGGAGGAUGGCGAUGAUAUGGAUAGUUAUCAGGAAGAAGACUUGAACUGCGUGAGAGAGAGAUGGUCAGAUGCACUCGUAAAACGACGGGGAUACUUAGAUGAACAGAUUAAAAAAGUCAGCAAUAAAAAAGAGAAAACAGAAGACGACAUGGAGCGGGAAGCCCGGCUGGUGGAGCAGUGGGUGGGGCUGACGGAGGAGAGGAAUGCAGUGCUGGUGCCUGCCCCCGGCAGUGGGAUCCCAGGAGCACCUGCUGAUUGGGUCCCACCUCCUGGAAUGGAAACACACAUACCAGUUCUCUUCCUGGAUCUGAAUGCGGAUGACCUUAGUGCCAAUGAGCAGCUGGUGGGUCCCCACGCAUCGGGUGUGAACUCCAUCCUGCCCAAGGAGCAUGGCAGUCAGUUCUUCUACCUACCCAUCAUAAAGCACAGUGAUGACGAGGUUUCAGCCACAGCCUCCUGGGACUCCUCGGUGCAUGAUUCUGUUCACCUGAAUCGGGUCACACCACAGAAUGAAAGGAUCUACCUGAUCGUGAAGACCACAGUUCAGCUCAGCCACCCGGCAGCAAUGGAGUUAGUGUUACGGAAACGGAUCGCGGCCAAUAUCUAUAACAAACAGAGUUUCACGCAGAGUCUAAAGAGAAGAAUAUCACUGAUAAAUGUAUUUUACUCUUGUGGAGUGACCUAUGAGAUAGUCUCCAAUAUACCAAAGGCAACUGAGGAGAUUGAGGACCGGGAAACACUGGCUCUGCUGGCAGCCCGGAGUGAGAAUGAAGGCACUUUGGAUGGAGAGACGUAUAUCGAGAAGUACACGCGUGGUGUGCUGCAAGUGGAGAAUAUUCUGAGUCUGGAGCGGCUCCGGCAGGCUGUCACGGUCAAGGAGGCACUCUCCACCAAAGCCCGGCACAUCCGGAGAAGCCUCAGUACACCGAAUGUUCACAAUGUCUCUUCUAGCCGGCCAGAUCUCUCUGGCUUUGAUGAAGAUGAUAAGGGCUGGCCUGAGAACCAGUUAGACAUGUCUGACUACAGCUCCAGUUUCCAAGAUGUUGCUUGCUAUGGGACUUUACCCAGGGACUCGCCUCGCCGGAACAAAGAAGGUUGUCCAUCCGAGAAUCCUCAUGCCUUAACAGUCAGCCCUUUUAAAGCAUUCUCUCCUCAGCCACCAAAGUUUUUCAAACCCCUAAUGCCUGUAAAAGAGGAGCGUAAGAAAAGGAUAGCCCUUGAAGCGAGACCUCUCCUAAGCCAAGAGAGCAUGUCUCCAUCUCAGGCACAUAACCCUGGCUGCAUUGUACCCCCAGGAAGCAAUGGCAGCAGCAUGCCAGUAGAACACAAUAGCAAACCUGAGGAGAAGAUUGACUCCGAAGAGGAGGAAAAUGAGCUGGAAGCUAUUAACAGGAAGCUGAUGCACACACAGCCUUAUGUGCCCGUGGAGUUUGCUGACUUCAGUGUUUACAACGCCAGCUUGGAGAACAGGGAGUGGUCCUCUAAAGCGGGCCUGACAGACUCAAGUAUCUCAGAGAAAGCAGUGUCUCGGAGCCCUACCACCAGCAGCCUCACCAGUGGCUACUUCUCCCACAGUGCCUCCAAUGCCACUCUGUCUGACAUGGCAGUCCCUUCCAGCGACAGCUCAGACCAGCUAGCCAUCUCCACAAAGGAGGCAGAGUGUAGUGAACAGUCUGGAUCAUCAGCUGCGCCUGACUUCAGACCAGCUUCAGAUAAAGAGCCUGCAGAAGUAGAAAAAGACUUGGGGAAGGACACGACAAUCACCGUCCCACCCGAGGAAAACAGUGCCUUACCCGAGGGGAAUGCAUCACCCCAGAGCAUCCCUGUGAAAAAUUCCAGAAAAAUUCCGUGCAGGACUGCGUCAUGUUCAGAACUGGAUGCUGGCCCCAGCAAAAAUGGCCAGCUAGCCAGAGAAUUCUGCCCAGGAGAGGUGACUGUGGAACACACUACAAACAUAUUGGAGGACCAUUCCUUCACAGAGUUCAUGGGUGUGUCUGAUGGCAAAGACUUUGAUGGUUUGACAGGUGGUUCUGUUGGAGAACCCUCUGGAAGGAGGGAUCUACCAAAUGAAACAGACCAUAAAAGUGUCCCAGAUGGACCCCCAGUUGCUGAUCAGCUGCAUUCCAAGAUAGAGAAGGAGCAGGUAAUCAUUCCAGAGGUGGCCCUUUGGGUUCUGUGUUCUCAGUGA